CAGUUUGUCAGCAGGAGUUGCAAGGGAGGAAUCGAGUUGUGAAAGCAAGGUUUUGCAGCCUCGCUGGGAGCACAGCCCUCUGCAGUGAAUGGAUGGGGUGCUGAAGGCCAGUGCUGGGAGGAAAAGAAAUUUUCCUAAAAUUCAGAAAAAGGCAGAGAGAAUCACCCUGAAGCUCCCUAUCAAAUGCAUCUGGAUGCUCCGUGGAGCUAUCAGUCAUCUAUCAGAGCACCCCAAGAGCACCCCAUAGGAAAAGCAAAGUUUGGCCUCACCUCGGUUGCCAUUUCGGACGACGUUUUGCUCGUGUUUGCAGCAAUCCUGGCGCCUGGUGCAACCUGUGGAACAGCGAGAAAAGAUGCGAACGCUGCACUGCUCAGUAACUUUGAGGUGUUCCAGCUACUCACUGAUCUUAAGCAGCAGCGCAAAGAGAGUGGAAAAAGCAAGCAGAGCUCCGGUCAGCAGAAUCUGAACACAAUCAUGUAUGAGACACUGAAGUACAUCUCAAAAACACCGUGCAAAUACCAGAGUCCUGAGAUUGUCAGAGAAUUCCUCAUUGCGAUGAAGGGCCAUAAGCUGACCAAGGCUGAAAAGCUGCAGUUGCUGAACCACAGGCCUGUGACAGCAGUUGAAAUACAGCUGAUGGUAGAAGAAAGCGAGGAAAGGCUGACAGAGGAGCAGAUCGAGUCGCUUCUCCAGACAGUCGCCAGCAUUCUUCCAGGGGAUCCAGAAGAACAGCAGAGAGACUCAGCAAUGGAAACUGAAGGCGGAGGCGGCCAGUAGCAGGAGGAAUCUAGACCAAAGCCAGCAACAAUUUCGGCAGAAGAGAAUUGGUUAAUCUUCUUCUAUUUUUUACUCGAUACCAGUUUCAGCUUGUAUUGGGCAUCAUUGUAAAAUGGAUUAAAUUUGUCUAUUACUCAGAGGUGGUGAGGGAACCUGUUGUUUACCAGAAGGCGUGGAAGAAGACACUAUUCUUCCAGCAUAUUGUCUUAUACUGGGGUGAUAGUGAAUGACUUUGCAAUGUAGCAGACAAAUUACAGGGCACAAAAUGGGAAGUAUUUGUAUUUUUUACAUUACCCAUGUAACAGCUGUACGUUUGAGUAGGCUAAUAUACAGCUGGCAAUGUUUUAAUUAUCACAGCAGUACUAUAAUUAUAAUUGCUUUCAGAUGAUGUUGAAUUGCCCAACUGCUUUUCGGAAUGUGAUUUACAAUACAAAGCCAGCUUUUGGAGCUGUUAGGGAAUAGUGCUGCUGUCAGACCUGUGCGUGGAGUAAUGUACAGAAACUGCUUGGUGUCUGUUUGGAACACAUAAAGUCAUCUGAUGGCAUCAUAGGAGUGAGAGGGUCUGUAGGUUGGGUAACUGAUCUCAGGGGUGUCGGACAACCUAUAGAUGAAUGGUAGAUGCAGAUGAUCAACUAAAUAAAUGUACUGCCCUGAGCAUGGCUGGAUUUGACCAGUUUUUGCAGCAGCUGAGGCUCUGGACUGUAAUGCUACAGUUCUUAGUAAUACAAACAAAAGGACAUUUGAGAGUGAGGUCUGUGUUUUCCCUUUGAGUGUUUGCUCCAGUGUUUGUGUAUAUACAAGUCACUGUCCUGCCAAUGGGCUUUGACCGUGGAAUAAAUGAAUGAGUCAACACUGUUUUCUAAGAAUGAAAAUCAGUCAUGUCUGGAGGAGGAUUUUUUGUGUACUGAACUUUGUCUGAUUAAAGAUUUCAGGAUCAAUUAUUAAACGUUGAUAGCAUUGAUGAUGAUAAGAAAUCUUACAUAGAUAUCCAUGAAGUCAUGAGUUACACCCGGUGCUGGUUUUAUACUUCAGACCAUUCUUCUGUAACUGCUACAAUGGACUGGAAAGCGAAAUAAAGUUUGAAGCACAUCCUGGGAUUUUUUUUGGCCUGAAGAUCCAAGAGCUUGAAUCAAAUUAUCUGCCUUUUAUACCCACUUCUGUCAUGGUUUUAUUUGGAGAUCCUAAGUGAGGAAUUUACCCUCUUUGAGCCUUAGUUAUGCAAUAUAGGAGAGGGAGUGAUGAUAACUUCUGCUUGCAGGAUUUUUGAUAUGUGUUGCCUUGGUAUUUUAAGCUGCUUUGAUGUUUGGAGAGGGAAGGAAGGCAUUGAAAAAUACAUUUGUGUCCUCCUAAAUGUGAUUUAUCUUACAUUAAAGGCUCCCCAAGACUGAAGGCUGAUGGUGCGCUUUGACUGGGCAUGUUAGGUGCAUUAGAGUGAAAAAUCCACAGUGCUUUUUUGUGAUAAAUUGAUGUCUAUAUUUUCUCCCUAAAUGUGCAAAUAAACCAUAAGAGAUGAAUAGACC